AUGGCAGGAAGAGAAAUUCCGGCGGAGGUUCCAAAAAUUGUGUGGAACGGGACCCAACGGAGGUUCGAGACGGAAGAUAAGAAGGCGUAUUUAGAGUAUGUGGAGAGAGAGACAGAGGAGUAUGGUGGCAACGGUAGAGAUAAAGGUAAAGGCAAAGUAGUGAUGGAAUUGCUCCACACCUUUGUCCCUUCUUCCAAGAGAGGCUUAGGUCUGGCUUCUCACCUCUGUGUUGCUGCCUUUACUCACGCCAAAUCCCGCUCCCUUACUAUCAUCCCCACUUGCACUUACAUCUCCGACACUUUUCUUCCGAGGAAUCCUUCUUGGAAUUCUCUUGUGUAUUCAGAAGAUAUUAAAGCAAGUAGUAGCAUGUAAUUGUGUUACUCCAAAAAAAAAAAAAAACGAUUGUGUUAUAGCAUUAUAUUGUAUUUGAGUUACAAUUCAAUUCCAAUAUCGUUUUAGUAUUUUGUGCGACAAAAAAAAAAAAAAUUGUUUAAGGGGCUGAAGUUUCAUUGUCGUUUUGGAGCUAAGUAUCUUUGUUGUUUCAGAUAUGGCUUUUUCCUGUUUUCUUUGAUUCUUUUGUGGUUAGAUAUGGUUAAUUAGAAACAUCAUAUCCAGCACCUACAACUUCUGGUAUUUUAAUUCUUAACACU